GUGUGUGUGUGUGUGUGUUUUUGUGCAUCCAGCACCUGCUGCCCGCUCCCGGCCUUCUCUCGGAUGCGUGGCGGAAAAUGCACUCCUGAUUUCAGCCUGGGAGCUGCGCUGGACUCGCUGCCUUGAGAUGACCAGGCGGUGGACGGGCACUCCGCUCUCUUCCCUGACACUUUUUAUCCUCCAGCUGGCUCUUCUUCAGGGACUUCACUGCCAGUUGCUAAAGCCUCAGGCCAGACCUGACAGCAGAGUUAAUGCACUGCGGCAGAAACGGGAUCUCUUCCGAGAGGAGACGUUCAGCGCGGUGCUGUCUGAGUCUGCCCUCCCUCGUACUGUACUGCACAACUACACGGCCCGAGAUGCCUCAUCAGAGUACUGUGGCUGUCUUAAUGGGGGUUGGUGUCAGGAGAGUGGUCGCUGUGAUUGUGCUCAGUUCCAGGCUGUGGGAGAUCGCUGUCAGAUCAUUCCUAACACGGGCAAGGAUCGCGAUGGGAUCUGCCGCUCGUGGGGGCAGCACCACUUUGAGACGUUUGAUGGGAUGUACUACUACUACCCUGGCUCCUGCUCCUACAUCCUGGCCAAAGACUGCCACUCCACCGAACCACAGUACACCGUCUGGGUGCACAACAGUCGCUCCUGCCAAGGUUCCGUGUACUCCUGUCCCCGGGCUCUCAGUCUGUUCUUCCCCAAUGAGGAGGAGAUCCACAUCAGGGGCUACCAGGUCCACAAGGGUGGGGUUAGACUGAGCUUGCCCCAGACGGUGCGUAACGUGUUCAUCGAGCGCCUGGCCGACUACAUCCUGGUGAAGAGCACGUUUGGCUUCUCGCUGGCCUGGGACGGCAGUUCUGGAGUCUACCUCAAAAUGACAGACGCACACAAAGGCCGGCCUUGUGGUCUGUGCGGGAACUACAAUGACGAGGGAUCAGAUGAUCUGAGCAACAGCAGGGGCCUGCAGGUGGGUAGCCUGGCUGAGUUUGGGAACAGCUGGGCUGUGGACCUGCCCCAGGACCAGCCCUGUGAGGAGGUAGAGGACGACUUCCCCGGACCCUGCCAAUCAGAAUCAGAGAUGGAUGACGCCAUUGAGAAAUGCAGCGCUCUCCUGUUCUUUCCUUUCAUCUCAUGCCAUGAGAACAUCGACCCCAAUCCAUUUGUGGCCAGCUGUGUUUCUGACCUAUGCGUGUCUGAUGAUGAGGAGACGUUUUGUCGGACGCUGGUGGAGUACACCAGAGCCUGCUCCCAUGUGGGCUAUCCUGUCAGAGAGUGGAGGGACAGCUUCCCCACAUGUGCCGAUGGCUGUGAGGAGAGUUUUGUGCACAGAGACUGCAUCAGCUGCUGUCCUCCAACCUGUACCUUUGAGAAGGAGUGUCUGGGCACCAACCUGCACUGUCUAGACGGCUGCUACUGCCCUGACGGCCUGAUCCUUCAGAAUGGCACAUGUAUAGCGGUGUCUCAGUGCCCGUGUGUGUACCAUGGCACCCCUUACCCACUCGGCCAUGUGCUGGAGCAGGGAUGCAGUGUGUGCGUGUGCAUGGGCGGAAUGUGGAACUGCACCGAGCACAACUGCACAGGUGAGUGUACUGUGAUGGGGGACACCCAUGUGACCACGUUUGAUGGGCGGAUGUUUGUCCACACGGGGACCUGCCAAUACGUCCUGGUCAAGAGCAGGGGAAACACUAAGUUCAGCCUCACUAUGCAACACACGGCAUGUGGAGAGUCUCAGGAGCAGUCUUGUAUUCACUCUGUGACUCUGGUGGUGGAUGAGGACGUGAACAGACAGGUCACACUGACCAGAGAGGGGGAGGUGCUGGUAGGGGCAGGGGUCAUGGCCAGCCUGCCCUAUACUGACGAGGUGGUGGAGGUGCGCAGGCUGACAUCAGUCUUCACCCAGCUGCGUGUGUCUCUGGGCCUGAGACUGCAGUACGAGUCUCGCGCUGGACGGAUCUACCUGCAGCUGGACAACACCUGGAGGGGAAACACACUCGGCCUCUGCGGAACCUUCAAUGGGAACCUGCGCGACGACUUCCUUUCUCCAGCAGGUAUGAUUGAGGGCACUCCCCAGCUACAUGUGAAUGCAUGGAGGAUCUCAUCAGCCUGCAGCAGUCCUGUCAACAUGCCCAUCAUAGAUCCCUGUGAGAUGAACCAGCAGAAUGUGUUCUACUCGUCCAUGUGUGAUGUGAUGACAGAGGCCCUGUUUUCUCCAUGCCAUGCCUACGUCAGCCCCACCGUCUACCACCAGCAGUGCCGAUACCAGGCCUGUCGCUGUGGCAACAACUGCCUGUGUUCCGCUCUGGCUCACUACGCAUACGUGUGCUCCCAACAUAACGUCAGCAUUAACUUCAGAGCACACGUGUCCGAAUGUAGCGUGCUGUGUCUGGGUGGGAUGACGUACCAGUCGUGCACGUCGUCGUGCGGCCAUACUUGUGAGUCGGUGAGCCGAGGGGAGGUGUGUAACGGGGACUGUGCCGAGGGAUGCAGCUGUGGAGAGGGAGCCUUCUACGACAGCGUCCGACAACGCUGCGUACAACAGUCUCAGUGUCACUGUUACUUCAUGGGGUCCAUCUAUCAGCCUGGUGAAGUCUCUUUCAGCGCCUCAGGACCUUGCCUGUGCAGAAAUGGCCGCAUGGAGUGUGUCCCAGAGGAAAGAGAGCCUGAGAUGGGUGAUUGUCCGAACGGGAAGGUAUACCACAGCUGCAGAGACCUGGGCCCAGGUGCAUCCCAUGUGGGCGUGGCCUGUGAGCUCACCUGCAGGAACCUGAUGCUCAACCUCACCUGUCCGCCCACUACCCCCUGUGUGCCCGGCUGUGGGUGCCCUGCAGGGUUGGUGGGGCAUAAUGGCGAGUGCUACUACCCAGAGAACUGCCCCUGUGCCUGGCUGGGACUGGAGUAUUUACCUGGAGAGACUGUGGACACACCCUGUUACAGAUGUGUGUGCCACCAUGGCUUCUUCAACUGCACCUACUCUCCCUGCCCAGCGGUCUGCACCAUCUACAGCGACCGCCACUACCACACCUUCGACGGCCUCGAAUACGACUAUGCCAGCGACUGCCAGGUCUAUCUGGUCAAGAGUGUGGGAGGCACAGAGGUGGCCAUUAUGGCUCAGAACAAGGACUGCUACGAGAGCGGCAUCGUUUGCAUGAAGUACCUGCAGAUCUACAUGGGCCUCACUAAGAUCUACUUCAGCGACAACUCGGGCAAACCGAGCUCCUCGACUGUGAUUGGCCGAGGCUUUGAAUUUGAGCUCUGGCAGGCCGGGUAUUACACAGCGAUCCACUUCCCUAACCAGGACCUGACCGUGCUCUGGGACCGCAAAACCACCAUACACAUACGAGCUGGACCGCAGUGGAAGGGUCAGCUGAGUGGCCUGUGUGGGAACUUUGACAUGGAGACGGUGAAUGACAUGACCACAGCUGGACAUAUGGAGGUUAGCAACCCACAGGCCUUUGGAGACAGCUGGGCCCUGGGACAGUGUGAGAGUGAUGUUCUGGUGAAGAGGCCGUGUGAGGGGGACUUGAGCCGGCAGCCGUACGCUAAGCGCGAGUGUGGGCUCCUCUACAGCGAUGUCUUCGCCGCCUGCCACAACGUGGUGGAUGUGACCUGGUUCUACAGGAACUGCCUGACGGACACCUGCAACUGUAACCGCGGGGGGGACUGCGAGUGCCUGUGUACAAGCAUUGCUGCGUAUGCACACAAAUGCUGCCAAAAUGGGAUCGCUAUUCGCUGGAGGUCUCCUACAGUUUGCCCUAAUGACUGUGAAUAUUACAACCAAGAGCUUGGGGAUGGACCCUACACACUGUGGAGUGGCGCUGCUAAUGACUCUGACUGUGUGUUUGGGGCGAACGUGAGCAGUGGAGAGGUGUUUCCUCUGCUCAGGGCCGGCUUACAAAUACAGACACAGUCCGCAGCCGUCUUCAACUUCAUGGUCACCGCAGGACUGCAUAAAGAUCGAGCCUCACGUCUACCAGUUGUCUCCUUGGAGUCUGCAGAACGUCCCAACUACUUCCUCAGUGUCACAGAAAGCCGCACGCUGCGACUGGAGCGUUGGACUGUAGGGGCGGAGUUUGGGCUCCGGGCCUCUUUUAUCCAUCACCAGGGCCUGUGGUUGCCGCGGCGAUCCUCGUUCGAGCUUCUGGGGCAGAAGGGUGUAUUUCUCUCCCUCACACACACGGCAGCACAAGCACAGAGCUACGACAACACACUCGCCUUUAAGGGCAGCAGCAGCUUCACCAUGGAGGAGAGCAGUCUGUUGAUCCCGCACCGUCUGAUGUGUGAGUGGAAGUUCCACUCCUGUUCCAGUCCAUGUGUGAGGACAUGCGGUGACCCUGACGCCACUCGCUGCCUCUUUCUGCCCCCCGUGGAGGGCUGCUUCCCACACUGUCCGAAGAACAUGGUUCUGGAUGAGGUGACAAGACGCUGCGUGUACAUGGAGGACUGUACCACUGUCCCCCCAACUCCUACCUCCUACAUGUUUGUGACGAGGUCAAAUCGCACUACUCCUGCUCCCACCAGCUCCUCCACCACCACCACCACCCGCUCUCCCUCCACCCCAAGGAGCCCAGUGACCUCUACCCCAGAGAGGAGCACUCCUCCUGGGGCAGAGGCUCUGAGCUCUGCUGCCUCCACCCAACCUCCACCUCCACGACCCACCCCAUCCAUCACCCCACCAUCCUCAGACACAGCCACGCCCACCACGCUUCUUCAGCCAAUCACCACCGCCCGCCUCUCCACCGCCCAGACCACGCACCCUCCCAGUACCACCUCUGCUGUCACGACGACGACAACACUUCCUCCUACAACCACUACGGCACAUGUAACCAUGGUGACACAGACCACACCCACUAUCACCACAGUGCAGACCACAACGCGACCCCCUACUACUACUUCUGUUUCCACGACAACCACAACAACAACAAUGCGUACGACGGGACCUGUGGAGACCACCACUCUUCCUGAGGUGACUGAGACUCCCACUGUUGCUGUGACGACACGGCAACCCACCGAGUCGGUGACCACACCAACCAUCACCUCCGCUCCCACCACACCCAAAGCUGUUGCUGUGGAAACCAUGAUUCCCCCUUUUCUCCUUCCCACUGCACCUUGCACACCUCCGUACUCUGUGCGAGUGGAUGAGUGCAGUGAAUAUAUCUGCUUUAACGGGCAGCUGAUGCUGCACAAUGCAUCUCAGCACUGCAGGAACAACGUCAGCCAGCCCUACUGUAACCUGCUGGGCAUGCCCAUCCAGACCAACACAGACCCCUGCUGCCCACAGUGGAGAUGCCCCUGCCGCUGCUCUAUAAUCUCUGAUCUGCGCGUCAUCACGUUUGAUGGGAAUAACGUGGCCAUGUACGAUAACGGUUCCUACAUCCUAGUGCAUCUGCCCAGAGAGAAUAUAGUUGGCCAGAUCGAGAAGUGUCCCACUAGUGAGAGUGUUAACUACAUCAGACGGCCUACACCUACUGGCGGAACGUCAGGUCUGUGUUUUAAGAAGCUCAAUAUCACCACUCACUCCUACAGGAUCCUGAUUAACCGGCUGGACAGAAAGGUGUCGGUGAACCAGAGGACGGCCAGACUGCCCUUCAGCAGACACAGUCUGCACAUUGACGACACAGGGACCAUGUAUGUGGUCCAGACGCCUGGAGGGGUCAGUCUCCAGUGGUACCACAGCACCGGCAUCAUGGUGCUGCAGUACACCGCCCCCCUCAACACCACCACCCCCACCAGGGGGCUCUGCGGUUGCUGUGAUGGUAACCCAGCUGACGACCUGCGUCUGCCCAAUGGGACGGUUGUGCGGGAGGUGGAGGAUAUCCCAGCAUUCCUGCAGAGCUGGAUGGUGGCUACGUCCGAGGAGACAGACUACUUCCGCCGCGUCGGUGACAACUGCACCACGGGCAACUGCGCCAAGUGCUUCACCAUGCUUAACCAAAGGCCUUACUCACAGUGCCACCACAAGGUUUCUCCAGAGCAGUUCUGUGAUAAGAUCUUUGCUGGUGACCUGCACUAUAAGGACCAUGAGUGUGACUUCCUGGCUGCGUACGUAGCCAUCUGCUACUCACACCAGAUCUGCAUCAACUGGAGGAAACACAAUUUCUGCCCGCUGAAGUGCCCGUCAGGUAAAGAGUACCAACCGUGUGUGAACACGUGUCAGACCCGCACCUGUCAGAACCGAGACUACUACGAGGAGAGCACGUGCUCGUCCAUCAGGGAGGAGUGUGUGUGUAAGGGUGGCACCAUCCUCCACCGCGCAGACUCGGCUUUCUGCGUCACAGAAGACCGGUGUGCAUGUACGGAUAACGACGGCGCUCCACGUGCAGCAGGGGAAGAGUGGAACGGUUCCUUACGCGGGUGCUGCCUGUUCCGCUGUCUGGAGAACGGCAGCGUGGUCUCGGUAGAGCCGGAGUGUAAGGAGAGCCCUGCACUGCUGUGUGAGAGGGAGGGAGAGUCUGUGGUGGACGUGUUAGAGGAGGGAGCCUGCUGCCCCAAGAAGAUCUGUGAGUGUAAUGUGACUCAGUGCCAGAGGCAUAUGCCCAGAUGUGACCAUGGCUACAAGCAGCAGAUUGGCUACAGCCCCCUCUCCUGCUGCCCAGAAUACCGCUGUGAGUGCGAUCCUGUGUCCUGCCCCAGUGUGCCGACGCCUGAGUGUAGAGAAGAUCAGUUCCUGGUGGAGGUGCGACAGGAACGCAGCUGCUGCUACAGCUUCCUCUGUGUGUGUGAGUCCUGUAUUGACCCCAUCCCAACCUGUUUGCUUGGAGAGAUUCUGGCUGUGGACAUGAACACGACAAACCACUGCUGCCCCCAGUAUCAGUGCGUGUGUGACGUAAGUGUGUGUCCUGAGCCUACAGUGAGUUGUGCACUGGGAACCACUCUGGUCAGGAAGCCAAUCAGAGGGCAGUGCUGCCCUGAAUACCACUGUGAAUGCCAGUGUGUUAAUAUCUCCCAGCCAUUGUGUGCAGUGGGGGAGGUUCAGGUGGAGGUUUCAGAGGGAGAAUCCAGUAGCUCCUGUGGUUGUCCACAGUACACCUGCAAGAAGGCUGAGGUGUGUUUGUUUCAGGAUAGGACUGUGCUGAGCCCGGGUCAGUCCAUGAUUCAGUACUUUGAGGGGGAUCUGUGCUACACCGUCCACUGCCUCCACCAGAGAGACCCAGAGACUGGCUACUAUGCCAUGGACAUCGCCACCGUCAACUGCUCUGAGAAAUGUGAACCUCACCAGAUGUACGUGCCCUCCUCAGACCCCCACGUGUGCUGUGGUUCCUGCAAGAACGUCUCCUGUUCCUUCACUGCUGAGAACGGCACCUCAGAACUAUUCAUGGCUGGCAGCUCGUGGGUGUCAAACUGCACUCGCUAUGACUGCAUAGAGACAGCAGUGGGCGCUGUGGUGCUGGCCUCUGGAGUCGUCUGCCCACCUUUCAAUGACUCAGAAUGCAUACAGAAUGGUGGUGUGGUUCAGACUUAUGUUGAUGGCUGCUGCAAGACAUGUGCUGGAUUGGGUUUGUUACCGUUUACCGUUAAGCCCGUAACUCCCUCUGCUAGCACUAACUGUGACACAGGUAAGGAAGAUGGUAAGACAUGCAAGAGAGUUGCCAUUCGGACAACGAUUCGAAAGGACGAUUGCCGCAGCAAUACACCAGUGACUGUAUUCUCCUGUGAUGGAAAGUGCCCGUCGGCUACUAUUUUUAACUUCAACAUAAACAGCCACGCUCGCUUCUGCAAGUGCUGCAGAGAAAAUGGCCUCCAGAGCCGUGUGGUGCAACUCUACUGCACACGCAAUGCCACCACUGUGGACUACAACUACCAGGAGCCCAUCGACUGCUCCUGCCAAUGGAACUAGACUAGACAACUAGAGACAGUUCUGCAACCACACACACACACACACACACAUACAUACACAUACACACACACACACACAAUUAUACAAAGUCACUCACACACAGACAGACACUCAAGUAGUAUUAGCAUAGUCUGCUCCUGCCAGUUGAACUAGAGAUUAUCUCUCUCUGUCUCUCUCUCUCUCCCCCACACACACACACACACACACACACAAAGAGACACACAACACAGAGGUAUAACCAAAAAAGCAGAGCUUGUCAUUUUAUGACACUUAAGCAGAAGUCAUUAGCUUAUGAUGGUGCUAAAUUCCAUUAUAUUGCAGUGGUUCAAUAUUUCUGCAUAUGUUAAAAGCUUCAGGAGAUCAUCUUAAAUCAUAUACUCAAUGGCAAUUAUGAUUAUGAUUAAAUGAACUUUUCAGUAUUCAGAUAAACUAUAAUGUCCACACUUAGCUAAUAACCCCACAAACCUUUCAAAUGAAAACCCCAAACCCCCCUUGACUUAAUUUAUUCUGAAUUAUUGUGAAUGGAAGUUUCAAGAUGUAUGAAGAAGAUCAAAUUAAACAUCUUGCAUUUAUGCUAACGCUAGUGACCAAAUCGCAUGCAAUGUUUCUUUGAAUAAUAGGAUAUUUUCUGUUUGAUUUGAUUUUAAAAUGUUGAGCAUUGUAAAUGUAGUUUUUGCAACUUGUUCAUCAGUCAAUUUUAUAGUCAGAAUUGUUCAUUUUAUGAAACUUUAUAUACAGCCUAAACAGGCCAAAAUAUUUAUGUUUAUUAGAAAUGUAUUUUAUGCAUGACUAAAUGUAUUAGCUAAAAUUCAUAGCACAUCAAAUUGAUCCUGCUCAUCUUUAUGUCACAAAAUAAAACAUUAAAUUACUUUCACUGCUUACAACACAAAUCCCAAAGUUCAGAUGAAAUACUGCACAGUUGGUAACACUAUAGGCUCCUUUCAAGAUAUCUUAAGAUUCAUGUACUGUAUCACUGAUAGAGUAUAGAGAGCAUUGUGUUGGUGCAGGUUCACCUGUAUCGUAACCUAUACAAAGCAAACUUUACAGCUUUGGAUUGCAGUUAAUGUUAUAUCAUGUCUGCAUCACAAUGUUCACAGACUUUAUCUAUAUUGUCAUUACAAAUCUAAACAGGAAUAUUUGUGCAGUUACUGAUAUCACAUGUAGUAUCAAUGCUAUGGAGUUUGUGUUACUGCAGCGAUUGUUUUCAAGUGUUUUAUUUUUAUUUUAUUUUAACAGUAGAUAAUUGGAAAUGUUCAAGGCGGAAUUUAAUCAGCCAAUUACAAACUCUUCUCAGAGGCAGGUUGAGGGCUAAUGAACCCUCAAGUCAUGGCUUGGUGUAGAGCAUAUUGUAGAUGGUGUAUUUUUCCAGUGAUGUAUUUCCAAUAAAAUAACUCAUUUUCUGAA